GUCCUUUGUGUUGCGAGAAUACAACGCAUUCUAAACUGCGUGUGGGGAGAAACCAUCCAGGUGAACACCCUCAGGUGAUGAGCACGCCCCGCCCCCAACCCUGCCACGUGCUCACGUGCUCAUCAGUUGCGCUCGCUUGCACCUGUCCAUGCCUGAGGGGGACCUGUAGCCGGGAGUAUUUCCAAGCACUGUUGUUCUGAGGGCCAGGCGCUGUAACUGCCCGAGGACACCCUUUUCAGAGGGAAGACGGGAUGGAGUUGGACACAGCACAGGCUCCGGAGUUAAGCUCCUAUCUAGCAACAAACAGGCCAGGCUGGAAGAACCCUGUCAUGCACAACACUCCUCAGAUGCCUAUGGGCUGGAGCCCAAGGCCCCCAGGGAGGAACUUCCAACACCACUGGUCCUUGACAUCUGAAGACUCUGACGAGGAUCCUGGGUCCCAACUGGCAGGGUCCAGUCCCAUAGCCACCUUCAGAAAAAAGAGGCUUUCAACUGUCGAGGACCUGGAGAAUUCCAGUGAGCAGGCAGAGCCCCAUCCGGACCCGUUAGCUGCAGAGGAAGAACCAUGCAUGUCAGCCUGGUUGAACAAGGAGCAGUGUCAGAAGACAGAGGACCUGCAGGACAUGAGCUGGCCGAGGAACCCGAGGAUGCCUGGAAUUCCACACAGCCUCUGGCAGAGAAGACGAGACCCAAAGAAGCGGGCAGCUGCAAUGCAACGCUUGCAGCAAUGGGAGGCUCAGAUGCUUCUGGAAAUUGAAGAGGCGGUCCAUCAUGAACUUACCAUCCAAGAGGGGAUCCUUAGCACGGAGUUCCCUGACCAAAGCCAGAGACCACUUAGUUUUGGCACAGUCAGUGUAGAAGCCCAGGACCCUGAUACCUUGGAAUAAUUUGAUCAUUUAUACCACACGCUACAGCUGGCCCAGGAGGAGGCCAGUCGCUGCAGCUGUGGCAGGAACUUCAGAUUCCAUGUGAUGUUCUCUGAGUUGUAAUUUAUUUUAUAUUUAAAC